AUAAGAUUAAGAAAAAAAAAACAGGAUGUCUUUCGAGAAUUUCACUGUCUGUGUCAGUUAGGCCCCUCUACACAAGAGCCGUUUUAGCCUAAAAUUUGAAACAGGUUCUAAUUUUAAAAUGUUUUAAAAAAAUUUUGUACAUAUGGGCAAAUAAAAAAAGUCAACAUUCAUAUCUCCGUUUGGCCGAGACAUAGGUGCUUCAGCAAUCCAACUGGAAUGUAUUGGUAUGCGGUGAUUUUAUGUAAGGAAGAAGCCGAAUACAAUAAAAUAGUCUUAGUUACAAUAUAUUAUUUUAUUCAAAAAAUCAAUCAAGAACCUAUUUAAGAACCGAAAUAGCCUAAACUUUGCGCUAAUUACCAUUUAUGUAAGAACCUGUUUAGGCUAACUUAGGAAAAUGAAGCUUCUUAGUCGCGGGUUUUUACUGAAUAGCCUCCAAAGAGUCUUAAGAACAGUUACACUGAUAAAUAUUUUGAAUGGCAAAUUUGUCGCGUACAAAAUUUUCAAAAAAUUACAUGUGCAGAUAUUAAUGAGACCGAUUGUCUCCAUAGCUCGUUAAAUUAACAAGUCAGUGCCCUUCAAACUUGGUUCAACUUGUAUCUGAAAGGAAGUUUAAAACAGUUCUUAUCAUUGGCCAGUUUCCAAAAUAAUUGUUUAACGUCAUGGAGCCUUCCAACUCGUUUUAACUUGCAACUUAAAUAAAACAAAAGCAGUACAUGACUCCUUUCAGUUGCGGGUCAAUUAAGACUGGCUGAUUUACAUGUAACCAAAUAGGAAUACCUCUAGUAACUUACAUUUAACAAUCUUUCAAACUUGUCUAAAACACGUUUUUUGUAAAAUUGGUCAAAAUAGGACAUAAAAUCCUUGGUAAUGUUAAAAAAUUUAUCAUUCGUCUUGGGAUCACUACAGUCGUUCAUACAAGCAAUUAAGGUAGGACUUGAGUCAAUAUUUCCAACACGUAUCAAACUACAAUACUUAGUUUACUUAAACUAUUGCUUGGAGGUCUUUUCAGUCUGGUUUCAAUUUGAACUGUUACUUUUCACGAAAUAUUCAAUGUAAGGCUUACUGCUACUAGCCUUGUUUUGUUGUGCGUGUGUGUUUUUUUGUUUGAAUAUUGCCUAGCAGUCGCUAACGUUCUAUCAUAAGCGGUAAAAUCUUAAGCGAGCGUUUCAACGAAAUUUCAAAGAGUUUUAAGCGUCCGUGUAAGUCCGACAUAAAAUUGCAAGGACAUGGUAAUUUUCUCAAGUAAUGCUAAAAGUCGGCCUGAAAUUGAUGAAUAAACUGAUUUUUUUUCUCUCCAAAACAAACAAUAACUUCGCCACAGAUCAUCAAUUCGCGUUGCUUGUUAUCCCCAUUUUUAAAAAAAAAAUGUUAGCAAAUCAUUGAAAGUGAUGCCUUUUUUAGGAAUAUUUGGCCAUAAUUUUGAGCGUACUCCUGUUUUCACAGGUUUUCUCAUCAUGCAAACCUCUAUGAAGAUACCGCUGGCUACUGUGUUAUGCGGGCUGCUGUUACUGCUGAUUACCUUGUGUUCUGCAAAUGACAACAACAGCAGCAAACCACGUGACAAGGUGUGUUUUUUAAACAAACAUUGUAAUAUAUAGUAGUAAUAUAUGAGAAGUGAAAGUCAGUCAAUGGUAGCUGAACUAAUGACCUGAAAGAAUUUAGUUGGGUAGAAUCAAUGAACAGUGAUUUUUUUAUUUAAGGAUGCUUGACUGAGUUUAAUUGAUUGAUUUAAUCAAUUGAUCAUUAAUUUAUAACGGAAUGAAUUUUUAAAUUUUUCAUUUAGAGUAUUCCUCAAAAGACUUCACCUUAUGGUUCCUGUGGUCAUGGUGGGUGUUUCUGUGCACCAGGAUUUCCAGGCAUCCCAGGAAGCCCUGGACCCGCGGGACCAGCAGGUGUCGCGGGAUCACCCGGCAAUCAUGGACCUGAAGGACCCAUGGGCCCACGAGGAAAGAAAGGCGAUGAAGGAGCCCGUGGAAGACAGGGACCUCCAGGCGUCAAAGGAGUUAAAGGACCUGCAGGCCCAGCAGGUCCACGUGGGGACAAAGGUGAAGCAGGUUCAGCUGGUUCCCCUGGAAACAAGGGUGAUACAGGUGCUCGUGGAAAGCAAGGUCCCCCUGGCCCCAAGGGACCUCAAGGACCCUCAGGUGCAGCUGGUUCCCAUGGAAACAAGGGUGAUACAGGUGCUCGUGGAAGUCAAGGUCCCCCAGGUCCCAAGGGUGCUCCAGGAUCGUUUGGACGUAAUUGGAAACAAUGCGUUUUUAAGAAUCUGAACGAUGAGAGAGACUCUGGAUUGAUCAAGGUAACAAUUGCGUAGGUUUGUUGUUCUAGAUCAAAUAUAUAAAUAAAUCCGAGGCACACUUAAUAAUUACUGGUUCCUAAACGUCUAGCUAUGAGAUUCGAGCGGAGUGUUAAGCUUAUUUUCUGGUCAUACGCCAUUUGGAGAAAAAAAUGUGUGUAUCUAAACUUUUGAGAUUUUUUCAUGGAAUGAUACGCAAUGCAAGAAAAAAAUUCGAAUGACAUUACUAGUCACGACAUGGUUAUAAGAUACACGUGUAUCUUUUGGUCUGAACUUGAGUAAAGUCAUAUAUACAUAUGCGAAUUUGCGCGUUAUAAGUAAUAAAAUUAUUAUUAUUUAUCACUAUGAAAACUAUAAUUUGUUCCUACGGUCUGUCCCUAUGACGUCGAUGUUGCAGGCAUGCUAUUCACAGUUGAGGAUGAUCUUUUCAAAGUAAAAUAACACAGCUAAAGCCAAGUGAAGAGUCAGAGGAGUUAAAACAAUUCCCUUCCCCUUUUUAUUGUGAAAAUCCGAGUGUACUGAUUUCUGAUCCGUUUUUCUGGACGAUCAAGUCAUUCAGUUGUUUAUCACUGAUGUUUCAUUUCGGUUUUAUCUCGUUCUGAUCUCUCCUCCUCUGUUAAUUCUCAAGGAGUGCAGUUUCAAGAAAACAUCAGACACUACUGGGUUGCGUGUAUUUUGGAGUGGCAAUCUUCGUCUCGCUAACUGCCAUGCAUGCUGCAGACGAUGGUAUUUCACUUUCAAUGGUGCAGAGUGUUCAACACCGGCUCCCAUUGACGGAAUAGUCUACAUGAUAGAUGGAAGCAGCUGGAAAAAGGAUUUACACCGUGUGCGUCACAUCGAAGGAGUCUGUGAGAAAAUCAACAAGGGCACUGUUCGCGUGGGAUUCUGGGUCGGUAAUUGUGCUGGUCACAAAUCUGCUGAUGCUUGCACAGGCUGGAGGUCAGUAUCCCGGAUAUACGUGGAAGAAGUACCUCUACCACAGGCUUAA